AUGCGCACUACCGCCGCACUAGCUUUGUUGCCUCUGGCACUUGCUGCGCCCUCGAAGCGAGCUUCUCCUGCGCCUGUCAUUAAGCCCCGAGGCGCCCAGCUUGUUGAUGGCAAGUACAUCAUCAGGAUGAAGGCUGACGCCAAGCCUGAGUCUAUCCAGACCUCCAUCCAGUCCGUCGCCAGCGACGCCGAUUUCGUCUACAACACCAACAAAUUCAGGGGUUUCGCUUCCAGCUUAUCCGAGGAGGAGCUCGAGGCCCUUAGGAACAACGCCGACGUCGAAUACAUUGAGCAGGACGCCAUCAUCACGAUCAAGGCCACGCAGGAGAACGCUGACUGGGGUCUAGCUCGUCUAUCAAACGCUCAGGCCGGCAGCACCACUUACACCUACGAUGACAGUGCUGGUGAAGGCACUUGCGCCUACGUUAUCGACACCGGUAUCGAGGUUGACCACGAGGAAUUCGAGGGCCGUGCCAAGUUCCUCAACAACUUUGUCGACGACGAUAACACCGAUGGCCACGGUCACGGUACUCACGUCGCUGGUACCAUCGGCUCCAAGACUUAUGGAGUUGCCAAGAAGACCACUCUCUUUGCCGUCAAGGUCCUUGGCGCUGACGGCUCAGGCACCACCUCUGGUGUCAUCGCCGGUAUGGACUUCGUUGCCAAGGACGCCGCUAGCCAGUCCUGCCCCAAGGGUGUCGUUGUCAACAUGUCCCUCGGAGGUGGUGUCUCCAACGCCGUGAACGAGGCAGCCGCCAGUAUUGUCGACGCUGGUCUCUUCCUUGCCGUUGCCGCCGGUAACGAGGCUGACGACGCUUCUAAUUCUUCCCCCGCCUCCGAGAAGUCCGCCUGCACCGUCGGUGCUACCACCAAGGAUGACGAGCUUGCCGAGUACUCCAACUUCGGUAGCCUUGUUGACAUCCUUGCUCCCGGUACCGACAUCGAGUCCACCUGGAUCGGUGGAUCCACCAACACUAUCUCCGGAACCUCCAUGGCGUCCCCUCACAUUGCUGGCCUUGGUGCUUACUACUUGGGACUCGAUGCUGCUCCCGUCGAUUCUCUCUGCGACUACAUCGCCAAGAGCGCCAUCUCCGGCGCCAUCUCUGGUGUUCCCAGCGGCACUGUCAACCUUUUGGCUAACAACGGCGAGUCUUAA